ACGUCCCUCGCGUCAGUUUGUUAUGCGCACCAGCUGACCAUCAGCCAGAACCUCCAGCCAGCUCUGCUGUGCUCACAUACGCAUUACCAUUCCCCUGAAUCACGAACAUAACAUCGUUAUCGCAGUAUGAGGAGUACAUCGUGUCGGGACAGUGAGUGUGUGUGUGAAUGAAGACCGCGGAGGGUCCGGUCCGUCGCGCGCAGCAUCGAGCCACGAAACCCAGGCCUGCGCCAGUGUUUACAUAAUUAUAUCAUACGAUCAUGGAAGCGAUUCCCUGCUUCGGAAGUACUUUGCUGGAUGUUAGUCUCGCUGGAGACAUAUAAGCGCGUCGUGAUAGCGUACUGCCAACGAGAAACAUGUGGUGGAAGCUGUUCUUUUUGCUCCUGUAUUUCUUCAUGCUGUUCAUCCUGGCUCGGUUCUUCGAAGCCGUCGUCUGGUACGAGACUGGGAUCUUCGCCACACAGCUGGUGGACCCAGUGACGCUGAGCUUCCGGAGGCUGAAGACCAUCCUGGAGUGCCGGGGUCUGGGUUACUCGGGCCUGGCGGAGAAGAGGGAUGUGCGGGAGCUGGUGGAGAACUCGGGUGAGCUGAUGCAAGGCGAGCUGUAUUCUGCUAUCAAGAACGAGGAACAACAGACUGGGUCUGACUCCAGCACAUCUUUCAGCGGAGAAAUGCACUUCUAUGAGUUGGUGGAGGACACUAAAGAUGGCAUCUGGCUAGUUCAGGUAAUAGCCCAGGACAGAAACCCGCUGUUGAGCACGGCUAACUGGGGCAAGAUGGUGCAGAAAGUGUCCCAGUUUGGCAUUCGGACCGGCACCUUCAACUGCUCCAGUGACUCCAGGUACUGCCACAAGCGCGGCUGGAUGAAGUCCACCCUCAUCAUGUCGGUCCCGCAGACCUACGCCUCCAAAGGGAAGGUCAUGCUGAAGGAGUACGACGGCCGGCGCAUCGAGACCGAGCACAUCUUUAGAUGGAUGACGGCGCACGUCGCCUCGCGCAUCAAAACCAUCCGCGUCUCCCAGCGCCUCCUGGACGACUGGUACCAGACGGAGAAGCAGCCGGUCAAGAUGUUCCUGUUCGCCAGACUCCUGCAGCCGCCCGCGUUCUUCUCCGCGCUCAGCAUCAAGUUCACCGGACGGAUCGAGUUCAUCUUCGUGGACGUGCGCGACUGGGAAGACACGAGCGUCCUGGAGGAGAUCGGGGUUCGGCAAACGCCCUCGUACAUCCUCAAAACCCCCGAGGGCAUUUACCGCUACGGGAACAGCACCGGGGAGUUCAUCUCGCUGCACGCCAUGGACUCGUUCCUGCGCUCCGUGCAGCCGGAAGUCAACGACUUGUUCAUUUUAAGCUUAGUCAUGGUGAACCUAAUGGCUUGGAUGGAUCUUUUCAUAACGCAAGGAGCCACUAUUAAACGCUUUGUGGUUUUGAUUAGCACGCUAGGCACUUAUAACUCGUUGCUCAUCAUCUCCUGGCUGCCGAUCCUCGGGUUUCUCCAACUCCCGUACUUGGAUAGCUUUUACGAGUACAGCUUGAAACUCUUGCGCUACGCGGACACCACGACCAUCGCCUCGUGGGUCCGAUCCGACUGGACCUUUUACUCGUCCCACCCGGCUCUGUUCCUCAGCACUUAUCUCGCUCACGGGCUUCUCAUCGACUACUUCGAGAAGAAGAGAAGAUGCAGCAACGAAGACCAAAACGCCAACAACCUGGAGUGGUUGUCGAGUCUGUGGGAUUGGUACACCAGCUACCUGGUGCACCCGAUAGCCUCGUUCCAGAACUUUGAGUCCGAUUGGGAUGACGAUCCCAACUUCCUUUUGGAAAGGUUGGCGUUCCCCGAUCUCUGGCUUCACCCGCUCGUUCCCACAGAUUACAUCAAGAGCCUGCCCACGUGGAAGUUCAGACUGAGUCCGGAGCCGGACGUCGACCCGGAAGCGAGUGACCCGGACUGGUCCGGGUGGCCGUGCGGGAUGCUCCGCUGCACUGAGUGUGUGGUGUGUCUGGAGAACUUUGACACGGAUUGCCUGGUCAUGGGUCUGCCGUGUGGUCACGUGUUCCACCAGCAGUGCAUUGUGGUCUGGCUGGCCGGUGGGCGGCACUGUUGCCCCGUGUGCCGGUGGCCGUCGAACAAGAAGCGACCCGCGAGACCGCGCGCUACUGAACCGCUGGAUCCCGAAUAACCCUCGUCUCGCUUCUUGCUAGUGUCGUCAAACGGACCGACUUCGGUUCUAAGGCGAUACUGAAAUUUUUAAAUGUGACUCACAAACGCCUCUGAUCACGAGCUCAUCUGUGAUGUGUGUCUCGCUGAUGUUCAUUUACAACACGUUUUUGAAGCGCUGAUCAUUGUGGCCAAUCACGGAUGAGCUCGUGAAUAGAACGGCCAAUCAGAGGCGUCAGCACAUUUUUUUAAAAUUUCAGUUUCGACUUGUUACCGAAGCCGCUACUUUUGACAACACCACUUCCUGCACUUAUUUAAAAAAAGAAACAACAAACAAAUGACUUGAUGUGUUUAGUCGUUAGAUUCAUAACAUUGGCUCCUGGGGUUUUUGUUGGUGGUUUUAACUUUGCACAGUUUAAUAAAAAUAAAAAAUAAAACUUUUUUUUUAAAUCUUUUUUUUUUUUUCUUCAAAGGGAAAAAACUUGAUUUGGGUCGAAUGCAUUGUUCUGAGAUAAAAAAAAAAAAAAAGAUUUUAAAAGCUAAAAAUGAUACGUUUCUGUUGUAGCACUCAUCAUGAAUCCCAGUGAGACGUUGAAGACAAACCCAUGUGUUCCUGUACUGAGAAUCACAUCGUGUGUUCAGUGUGUCUCCAGAAUGUGAAUGAUCUAAGAUUGAGUUCCCUUACUAAAUCAUGGGGGAGAUGCGAGUCUUUAUAUAAAGGAUUAACACUCUGGGCAUGUGCAUAUGUUUUGUUUUUUUGAAGAAAAAAAAAGUGAUAGCUUUACAUAACGUGAAUUUAAAAAAUGGCUUUCGACAUGCAAUUCCUCAUGGCUCCAUCUGCAUUUUAUGUUAUUGUCUUGUUGGAGCAUGUUAGUUUAUUAUUAUUUUCCGAACAGCAUUUUUUUUGCCAUUAACACUAAUACAGACUUUGACUUCUGCUGUUCGUCAGAGUCUAAACGUUAUUUGGGAACUUAUACCUGUAAUGAUGUUCAAUUCAAUAAAGUCCCGUUUUCUCACCGGUGUUACA